UCAAGGCUGAGGGCACUUACGGGGCACCCAUCUCGUUCUGGGCCAUGUACCCGCUAUGGGGUGCCCAUUUGGCCAGAAGGUACCCACCCAACCAUGGGGCACCCACCCAGUCACAGGGCACCCGCCCCCAGCACAGUGCAGGGGAAGUGCUGGGAGCGGGGUGUGCCAGCUGACACAUGGGGCAGGAAGGACCUGCUGUGGGGCUGGGACAAGGCAAAACUGAAAAAAGAGGAAGCCCUCAAGUGCCCCAGCCCAGCAGCACCCAGGCAGACGAAGCUGGCACCUCGCACACCUCUGCCACAGUGUCAGCUCUGUCAUCCGACGAGGCGAUAGCCAAGCCACCAGCAUGCCCUGGGCAUUGCCGCUGAGAUGGUCACCCUGGGGACGGCCUGGUGUGAAAGCCUUGGUCACUGCUGGGGUGUUUGUAACCACCCUCUGGAACUUGAGGUGCUUCCUCGACCCCUCCAAGGGCUCUGGAAAAGUGUCUAAACACAGGGAGCCAUUGAUGAUCCUAGUGUGGGAAUGGCCCUCCAAGCAGGUCCCCAAUGUCAGCAGAGACGUGUGCCGUGAGCUGUACAGCAUCACAGGCUGCCAGCUCACCACAGAGCGGCAGCUCCUGCACCAGGCCCAUGUGGUGGUGUUCCCCCAUUCCAGGCUCCAGCCUGGCCGGGACAAACUACCCAAGGAGAGGCUGCCAGGGCAGAACUGGGUAUGGGUGUCCCUGGAGUCCCCCUCCAACACUAGAGCUCUAGCAGCAUGGAACAAGACCUUCAACUGGGUGAUGACCUACAGACAGGAUUCAGACAUCUUCAUCCCCUAUGGCAAGCUUGUGCCCAACCGGUCAGCCACUGUGAACAUCCCUGCAAAGACCAACUUGGUGUCCUGGGUUAUCAGCAACUACCACAGGACUCAGAAAAGAGCCGAAGUCUACAAAAACCUCUCCAGGUACCUCGAUGUGAAUAUAUAUGGGAAAGCAAACAACAAGCCCCUCUGCAAGGACUGCCUCUUGUCAACAAUAUCCAAGUCCAAGUUCUACCUGGCCUUUGAGAACUCCAUCCACCGGGACUACAUCACAGAGAAACUCUGGAGGAACUCACUGCUGGCCGGCACCGUGCCUGUGGUGCUGGGGCCAUCCAGGGCCAACUAUGAGCAGUUUGUUCCUGCAGACUCCUUCAUCCAUGUAAAUGACUUUGGCUCCCUGGAGGAGCUGGCCACUUUCCUGAAGACCAUGAACUCCAGCCGCUACCGGCAGUUCUUUGCCUGGCAGAGGAGGUUCAGUGUGAAACUCUACACUGACUGGAGGGAGCGGAUCUGUGCCAUCUGCACAGCCUACCCCCGCCUGCGCCAUGGCCACCUCUAUCCUGACCUGCAGAGCUGGUUCAACUCCUAGUGUGUGCUGGGACCCUUGGGAUGAAUGCAGAUGGGGUGGGAGGUGCGUGAGGCACCCACCUGCACACAGGAUGUGAAGCAACGACAGGAGCCCCCACUCUCCUCCUAACCCAGCUGUUGUCACACUGGGACUUCAAGCAACUUAUUACUUCACUUCUUGUGAAACAGGACUUAUCACCCCAACCUAACACUGAACACAUUGCCAGGGUGCUGGCAGAACCAGAAGGUGCUUUGGAAAUAAAUGGCAUAGUGCUGCU